AUGUCCGAAUCUCCAGUGCAACUCAAGUUCAUCGCUGAACCCAAGACGGUAGCGAUUGUCGGUUGCCCGUUCAGUGGUGGACAGCCCCGCGCCGGAGUCGAUCGUGGACCCAUUCAUCUUGUGAACGCCGGCCUCGUCGAUCAGCUCAAGGGGCUUGGCUGGCAAGUGAAGUUUGACGGCCAUCAUCAGUUCGAGGACAUCUCUGCAGAGUCCGAUCCUCCCAUCGGCAAACUCAAGAAUCCUCGUCUCGUCUCCAAAGUCACGGAGGCGGUCGCUAAAGCUGUCGGUGGACAUGCGCAGCAGGGUCAACUUCCGCUAACCCUCGGAGGCGACCACUCGCUUGCCAUGGGGACGAUAGCAGGAACGCUGUCCAAGCACCCCAACGCGUGCGUGAUCUGGAUAGACGCACAUGCAGACAUCAACACCCCAGAGACCACCGACUCCGGCAACAUCCAUGGCAUGCCACUGUCGUUCUUGCUCUCGCUGGCAGACUCCCAGUCCCUCGGAGGCGCUGUCGAGGCAAACUCAGGAGCUCCAUUUGCCUGGCUCGACUCGAUCCACCUGCCCGCAGAGCGUCUCGUCUACAUUGGCCUUCGCGACGUAGACGCGGGGGAGAAAGCUAUACUGCGCAAACACAAGAUCGCAGCUUUCUCCAUGCACGAUGUCGAUCGCUACGGUAUUGGUCAGGUAGUUGAGAUGGCACUGGACCGCGUGAAUCCAGAGCGUUCGCUACCCGUCCACCUCAGCUUUGAUGUCGAUGCAUUGGAUCCGACGGUUGCGCCUAGUACCGGCACUCCCGUGCGUGGCGGCUUGACUUUCCGUGAAGGUCACUACAUCUGCGAACGUCUUUAUGAGACUGGUCUGCUCGCUGCCGUCGACAUCAUGGAGGUGAACCCUUCCCUCCAAGACGAAGUCUCGGUCGAGCAAACCGUCGCUGUUGGCUGCUCCCUUGUGCGCUCCGCUCUUGGCGAGACUCUUCUCUGA